AUGCCUAGACAAAGAAGAUCAGCUCCAGCUCCAAGACAGCAAACCAGGUCAGCACACACUGCUGCUGCACCAACUUACCAACAACACCCACAACACAGCCAGUACCCAGCCGCCCACCCAGCUCAACCACAAACACAACAAAGACAACCAGGUUUAUUUGGACAAAUGGCAUCUACUGCUGCUGGUGUAGCGGUUGGUUCAACUAUUGGUCAUACUUUAGGUGCUGGUAUCACAGGAAUGUUUGGUGGAAGAUCUGAAGCUCCAGUUGAACAAGCACAACAACAACAACAAGAUCUUGCCCCAUAUCAACAACAAAAUUCAUAUGCUACCCAAGAACAGGUAAGACAUUGUGAUGCUGACGCAAGAAACUUUACUAGAUGUUUAGAAGAAAAUGACGGCAACAUGCAAACAUGUGGGUACUACUUGCAACAAUUGAAAGCAUGUCAAGAAGCUGCUAGACAAUACUAA